AAUAUAAACUAUAAUGAUAUAUAAAAAAGAAUAUUGCCGAUUUAGAACAUGAUCAUGCGAUUAGACAGAUGCAUUACAAAAUAGUACGAGAAUUUAGAUCCAAAAUCUUUAAAAUAAACUUUUUUUACUUGAGAAUGUGUUACGCGAGAAGUUGAUAGAAAUAUUAAAAAUGGAAGAAAUUAACGAUAAUAUAUUUUUGGAGGGACAACAAGAAGAGAUGAUACGUAAGCAGGAAGAUCAGGAACAACAAGAAGACAUGAUACGUGAGCAGGAAGAUCAGGUGGAAGAAAAAUCGAUAGAAGAUAACAUACAAGUAAUUGAGAACGUCAAAGAGACUAAAAACGACAAAGAAAUAGAUAAAAAAAUCGAGAUAUUUUUGCAUGAGAAAGAUUCGAAUGAAAAUCUUAGCGAGACAUUGAUUAAUAUUCUUAUGGAUGAACACGUCAGUGAGGACGACAUCGACAAUUUGCAAGAUCUAUCGCAAGCAAAGAUUAAAGUCAAUAAAAGCAACGAUUCUAUUAUUAAUUUUACAUCUGGCAGUUUAUCGUCUAAUGGUCUGCACGAACAAUUGCCAUCGAAUAGCAUCUAUUUAAAAAGAGUCUUGAGCAAACCUUUGAUCCAAGCUCUUUGUGAAAUUAUAACAAAGAAACCGGCCGAUCCUGUGGAGUAUCUAGGCCACUGGCUACUUCAUUUUAAAAUUUGUGAAGAACGAGAGAGAGAGAGAGCUAUACAGCAGAAAAAACGCGAGUUAGAGCUUUCAAUCGAUAGGGAAAAAUCGAAACUGAAACAACAUGAAGACGAAGACGCUGUUUUUGACGAACGAAAGGAUGAAGAAGAAUAUGGCGAGGACGGGAAUUAUUUCAAUUAUGAAUGAUUUGUUACAGAUAUUUAUAAGUAGUUCAAUUAUAACAAAAUAUAAAAAAUGGAAAUUAAAAAUAUAUAUAUGAAAUAUUCAUACA